AUGUUUGCGCACCCGAGGAUCAAGAAGGUCGCUCCGGCGCCGCCCAAGAGGCGAAAGACAGUGCACAAGAUCGAGGAGAUCACCUUUGACAAAGAUGCUCGGGCCGAAUACCUGUCUGGAUUCCACAAGCGCAAAGUGGAGCGAUCAAAGCAGGCAAAGGAGCAACUAGAGGCACAGGCGCGCCUUGACAAGAUCUCGGCGAGGAAGCAAGUCAGGGAAGAGCGAAGACAGGCCGUCAAGGAACAUAUAGACACAGUCCAUAAGCUGAUCCGAGAGGCUCGAACCGCUGGCCUGGAUGGGUCCGAUUCCGACUCAGACGGCGAGGAAUGGCAAGGCUUGUCCGACGAAGGGGUGCCAGAAGAGCCCCUCAAUCGGGAAGACGAAUACAUUGACGAGGACCGCUAUACAACUGUCACCGUCGAGGCUGUCAGUGUUGAUCGGGACGGCCUACACAAGCCCACGUCGAAACAAGACACAGGGGAUCAAGAGGCUGCCGCGGAAGACGCACAGACCGACGCGGCGAAAGACGGGUCUCGAAAACGGCCAAGAGAAAACACUAAUAAGAAGAAAAAGUUUCGCUACGAAAGCAAGCUCGAGCGGAGGAUAACGGAAAGGAAACAACAGUUCAAACGUUUUAAGGGGAAAGAAUAA